AACCUUUUUUACAAUCAUUUAAUUUUGUCUCUGGCGAUCGACGUCCUCUCUGGUUCCCGUUUUCAGAACAAAAUUUCAGCCAUCUUCGAAUCAUUGCUCCACUUCUCAGUUAAAAAAAAAAAGGAACGGAUAGAAUGUGCGGUGCCUGAAACUCAUUGACUUUUGUGUUUGCAUUAAAGUUCAAGGAGUGUAUUGGCUUGUGAACAUUUUUAGCACAAUUCAAUCAGACUUGAUACUAGAUGGAUGGUGCUGGGCAGCAAGAAAAUGGGAGAUAUAAGCUGGAUUACUACAAAGGAGCUCACCCUCCUCCGUGGAACAUGAUGCCACAACAUUACAUGAAGGAACCAAAUAAUGCCUUGGUCAUGAAUAAGAAAAUCAUGUCUAUACUUGCUGAGCGGGAUGAUGCUAUUCGAGAGCGAAACAUAGCUGUUUCUGAAAAGAAGGAAGCCCUGACUGCACGAGAUGAGGCCCUCCAGCAGCGGGAUAAGGCACUUGCUGAGCGGGAUAGUGCCUUAAUGGAGAGAGAUAAUGCUUUGGCUGUGCUACAGUAUCGGGAAAAUGCCAUGAACUUCCCUAUUGGUAGUGGUAUCCAGCGUGGAGGAAAACACAUGCACCCCACAUACCAUUCAACUGAUAUGGGGAAAACUCUCAAGGGUGAAAUGCACAUUACUGAUGCUCUCCCAGUAUCUACCAUUGCUUCUGAAGAAGGCAAGCCUUGUCCUGUAAAGCAGACAAAGGAGAAUAAAACCGUUUCAUCGAAACCACCACGAAAGAUGAAGAAAGUGGCUGAGGAUUUAAAUAGGCAAGCUGGUACUGAGGUAAAGAAGUGUAAAUCUGAGUGGAAUGCUCAGGAUAUUGGGUUGAACAUGGUAAACUUUGAUGCAACCACAAUGCCUGUGCCAGUUUGCUCCUGCACAGGAGUUCGCCGUCAGUGCUACAAGUGGGGAAAUGGUGGAUGGCAGUCAUCUUGUUGCACUACCACCAUGUCAUCAUACCCAUUGCCACAGAUGCCAAACAAGCGCCAUGCCCGAGUGGGUGGCCGGAAGAUGAGCGGUAGUGUCUUCACAAAAUUGCUUAGUCGUCUGGCUGCUGAAGGCCAAGAUCUUUCAAUACCACUGGAUCUCAAGAACUAUUGGGCUAGACACGGGACAAAUCGCUACAUCACCAUCAAGUAGCUUGUAUAAUUAUUUGAGCAUGGACUACGGUUCUGUUUUGGAGACCCUCACACUGGUGCAGUCUAACCCAAAGAUUCGAUGGAGCUAGGAUUGAAUUGCAUGAAAAGGGAUGGAGCUUUUUGGUAAAAGGAUUUUCUUUGCUCCAUCGAUGUAGGUUUUUUGUGAUUCCUAUAAUGUUAAUCUCUGAUUUAUUGGAGCUUACACAUGUUGCUGUCUAGAUGGCCAGAACAAAGUGGUUCUUUUAUUUUCAGUCACUCAUAUUCUCUUGGUAAUCUUUAGAAUCC